AUGGCAGAAAGGGUGCUCAUGGCUUCAUCUGGCAGGUCACUUCGUUUUGAUAAAGUUGGGAUAGGAACAAGCAGGAAGACGAUCCAGUGCAUUCCACCUCUGGCCGCCUCUGCGAGAGGAGCCGCCGCCAGUUCUGCGCAUCUGCAAUGGAUGGUCACGCGGAACUGCUCCGGUUUCCUGAUCAAGAGGAAUAAGCAGACCUACAGCAACGAGCCCAGUAACCUGAAGGCCCGCAACUCCUUCCACUACAAUGGGCUGAUUCGCCGCAAGACUGUGGUCGUGGAGCCGGCAGCCGAUGGCAAAGAUGUCCUGGUGGUCACGAAGUGGAGAUCAGGCCAGUGGACGCCUGCUACCUCCUAUGUGUGGACCACCAUCAGCAAGAAUGCUUGUGCCAAACUAAGCAGCAUCAGACGCAAGAUCUGCAAGAACAAGUACCCGCCCCCAACCUGCGCAUGGCUGCCCAUCAGCAGGGCCAGCGCCAUCCUGCACAGCCAGAAGCCUGUGAUGGUGAAGAGGAAGCAGAUCUGCCCCACCAAGAGCUCCUGA